CCCAGACUGCCCCUACAUCCCCUGCCCUCUACCUCCCCUAGCAAAGAGCAACAGCAACAUCACAAUGGCCAACGACACCAACGACCUCGCCCCUCCAUUCGGCUACCCCGUCCGCCGUAACGGCACCUGCUACGACACCGAAAACGACUGCGGUUCAACCUGGGGUCCCUACCGCGAAUGCUGUCCCAAGGGCGCCACCUGCGCCCCCGGGAACUGCUGUCACUCUGCCGCAGCAUGCGGCAACAUUCUCAAACUGGAUCCGCAUUGCGGGAAUACCUCGGCCCUUUUGUAUUAUGAGAAUGAUUAUUUCUGUUGUUCGAGAGGGCUGGAUGCGUUUGCGAGGGUGUCGAAUGGGUUCGUGGGCUGCACGGAUGAUGUCUCCACGUUGGGGUCGGAGUUUAGUCUGUUGUCGCCGGUUUCGACGACGACUACAUCAACUACUGCAUCUGCUACGGUGACGUCAGAUGCAUCUUCGUCUACAUCGACAGCAGAUACUAGUGGUUUAUCGUCGUCGAUAAUAUCAUCGGCGACUGCGCAACCUACGACAAAUGCGUCUUCAAACACAGAAAGCAAAACGAAUACGGGUGCCAUCGCAGGUGGGGUAGUAGGUGGUGUCGCCGGCUUAGCACUCAUUAUCUUCAUCAUCUGGUUUAUGAUCUCGAGAAGGUUACAAGCCGCACGGAGACAUGCAGAUGAUGAUAUGCCUUCGACAUAUAUAGGUCAUCGAACUAAGAACAAUCAUCCGAGGGAGCUGCAGGGAGAUGCGGCCGCUCCACCUGUUGCUGAGUUGGUGUUUGCUCCGCCGGUUUAUGAGUUGGGUUCACGACCUCCUGUUUAUGAGUUGGGGUCGAGGCCGCCUGUUUUUGAGUUGGCGGGGGGUGUGGAUGGGGGAAGGAUAUAA